GACCAGCCCACACCCGUGCACGACUAGGCACCUCGCCGUCCUCGCUCCCCCGGCGGCGCCAGCCGCACCCCUCCACCCACAGGCCACAUCUCCCCGUCCUCGCCACCGCACCGCCAGGUUCCGGCAACCGGCACGACCGUCCGAAGCCGCGCCGGCGCCACCGCGCACACGACGCGAAGGGUUCCGUCUAGCUGCUAGGAUUGAGACCGACCCUUCAGCCUCUUGUUGCCUCCGCUCGCUUGCCCGCCUCUGCUGGAUCGAGAUGCAGGAUAGAAUGAGGCGGCAGGGACAAUACGGUGAAGCAGACAUCACUUCCAUGGUCGCGGCCCAGUUGCAUCACUACAAGGCACAGCAAAGGGUGCAGCAACACCCUGAGAACAGCUACACUGGAAGGGAUCCUGGGCAAGCUUCUGGGGAGCACCAGUACACUCCCCCGAAGGUGAGACAGAGUCAAUGGGAUCGAGGUGGACCAAACAUGCCAAGCAAGGUUCCAUCAUACGCAUAUAAUGAAGGCCAAGGUGCUGCUGGUGCACAAUCCUUUUAUGAUGGACAGAGAUCUGAUGCAAAGGUUGGUCUAGAAAAGCAGACCAGCAAGGAAACUAGGGACCAUGCUCGUACAGAUAGGACUGAAACAAGAUAUGAGGAUUAUAAUCUUCCUCGGACAUUUGAAGGUCUUGAGCAAAGUUUUCAUGAAGACAUUAUGAUGCUAUCCAAGGAACUACAUGAUGCAGAGGAUGCUGAAAAUUCUAGACACAGGGAGAGAUUGAAGGAGAUAAAUACGCAGUACCAGGAGAAACUAUUAGCACUUCGGGCUCGGCAAGCAAACUAUAGAGAUGAAUUCCUGCGUAAGGAAUCUUUGGCACGCCAGCAGCAAUACCAGCAGGCCAGCAUGAGCCAUUAUGCCAAUAAUUCCGCGGGUGGGGAGCAGCAUGGUUAUCACCCAACAGCCUUGCCUGGCGAGCAGCAUGGUUAUCAUCCAACAGCAGCAACCACUCCUGCUGCUGGUGGAGCUGGAGGUGCUUAUGGAGAGGCUCAUCGGGGUUAUGCUUCUGGGCAGUACGAAUCCUUCAGUGAUCGCCCAGAUUACCCGGAGUUCCAUGGUGGCGGCAGAGGUCGAGGUCGUGGUUUUGAACGCCGUGGCCAAUACCCAGGUGGUCGUGAUUACAAUUCUGGUGGCCGGCGAUUCUAGAUAUGUUUUUUAGCGGGACAGUCCAGUCAUGCUGGCCUCAUCUCGGCUUAUCUCAGGCUGCUGUGAUGCACUCGAUGCUUUAGAAGCUUUGUUGCAAUCUCCUGGAAACCUAAAUGCUUGUAGAACGUGUUCAAGUUCUACAAUCGACGUCACCAAUAUGCUAGCAUCAAGCUACUUCUACGGUUUUGCCAGAGUUCCUUCUGGGUGUAAUUUGUAGAGGAACCGGAGAAUAGGGACGUUAUUGUUUCUCUGCUACCCAUUCAUGUUAUAUGUUCUCUGAAGCAAAAAAGUACAUGUUUAUUAUAAUUUCAAAAUAAUAAAACGAGCCCUGAUUAUGUUUUUUUUU